UUUUAUUUCUAUUUAUUGCCCUCUCUGUCCCUAUAUCAGAUCCGGCGCGGAUGCAGUCUCCUGUUUCCAUUCCCAGCCCCAAACAAUAACGAAGCAACCACCCUCCGCCACCGCCACCUCCUCCGUUUCCCUUAUAUUCCUCAACGCCCUCCCUUCUACCUUCUCGGCAGCCAUUUGAUUCUUCUCUCAAGUUCAUAGAUCGGCUGAUCCAGAAAGGUUGGCGAGGAGGAUGGCGGAGGAGCAGCGUUUCCAGGAGGGUCACCGCCUUUGCGCGAACAACUGCGGUUUCUUUGGUAGUCCUGCGACACUCGACCUCUGUUCCAAGUGCUACCGCGAUCACUGCGUCAAGGAGGAGCAGCGGCGACAGCUUCAGGAUUCCGCCGGAGUUAAGGUCGCCGUCGAGAGCUUCCGCCCCAUCUCUGGUCCCUCGAUCCUGAGCGCAUCGCCGACCCCCGCCGCGAUCGCGGUUGCAUAUCAGGUCGAAGAUGUGGAAAAGAAGGAAGAUAAGGCAGCGGCACCAGCGGCGGCGGGACCAAGCCGGUGCGCUAGUUGCCAUAAGCGGGUGGGGCUGACGGGAUUCCAGUGCCGAUGCGGCGCCACCUACUGUGGCACCCACCGCUACGCAGAGCAACACGGGUGCACCUUCGAUUUCAAGGCGGCUGGCCGCACCGCCAUCGCCCGCGCCAACCCCGUCGUCAAGGCUGAGAAGCUCCGGAAGAUCUAAAACGAUUUCCUCCAUCUGCCCCUGCCAAAUUGACGGUCGGGAUCUUGCCUUUCCGACGCAAUGAUUGAUCAUUAAUGAUUCAUGGGUGGUUCUGCUUUCUUCUUAUUUUUCUUGUUUUAGCGGUUGGACUUAUCGAAAAGUCUGAUAAACAAACCUGUCCUAUUAUUAGAUUUUUAAUUUAGUUUAUUGAUUUCUUUUGACAGUA